AGUUCGAAGAGACUGUCACACACGUCAGUCAUAUUCUUAUUAUUUUUCUUCAAAUAUUCAGCUCGUGUUUGUGUAAACAUUAAAAAACAGAAAUUAAUCAAAAAUCAGUAAUCUAAAUUAAAUUAAUCGAAUUCUAACAAGUUCACCGAGUAUUUCCUUUAUGUUUAUAUCGUCUUUUGAUGAUGCUGAUAACAAUCCAAAGUGCAUCGGAUACGAUUGUAAAAAGUGGUUUUUUAUUUAAGAUGAGAUGUUUAUAUAUUGUGCAAUCGAAUCAAAUCAGACAUGUGAAUCGCUUGAAUUAAAAUGUUCAAAAGCCAGUGUCAAUCGGUCCAAGACUCUAUAAAUAAAAUUGUGUUUUUACUGUGUGCAUGUCGAGAUUAUUUUGCAAAAUCUCUCAUAACCUUGUCCGGUUGAUAAGAGACCAUUUUUCCCGUUAUAACUUUUGAUUUAUAAGUGUCCCGAAAGUGAAAAUAAAAUUCAAAGACAAUUCGGUAUGAUCGAACUUGCUGACAAAUUGGAUUUCGAAAGCGACUUACAGAACGACAAUGAUUUGCCGGUUAGUUUCAGUAAAAAACGUCACGAAGGAGCUAUUAAUUCUAGCAAUGCAGUAUCUAAGUCCUGGAGAAUUAGAGACCGGAUGAAAACUGUAAGCGUAGCUCUUGUCGUGUGCCUAAAUGUAGGCGUGGAUCCACCAGAUGUAUUCAAAAUAACACCAUGUGCUCGGCUCGAGUGUUGGAUUGAUCCGACUAUUGUGUCUCCACAAAAAGCCAUUGAAAUGAUAGGUGCUAGUCUUCAAAAACAAUACGAACGAUGGCAACCUCGGGCUCGAUACAAGUCGUCUCUGGAUCCGACAGUCGAAGAUGUCAAGAAAUUGUGCUCGUCCCUACGACGCAAUGCCAAAGAGGAGCGUGUCCUAUUCCACUACAAUGGUCAUGGCGUUCCCAGACCGACAGUAAAUGGAGAGAUUUGGGUGUUCAAUCGGACGUACACACAAUACAUCCCGCUAUCAAUUUAUGAUUUACAAACUUGGAUGGGCGCUCCGUCAAUAUACGUAUAUGAUUGCUCGAAUGCUGGAAUCAUUGUAAAUUCGUUCAAUCAAUUUGCUGAUCAGCACGAGCGUGAAAUGGAACAAAGCACACCACCGAAUCGAAGUUCACCAGCUGCAUCGUCAGUUAAUACAGCAAAUACCUACAAAAAUUGCAUUCAGCUUGCCGCUUGCGCUGCUAAUCAAAUUCUUCCAAUGAACCCUCAACUACCGGCUGAUUUAUUUACAGCUUGCCUAACAACACCAAUCCGAAUUGCUCUAAAAUGGUUUACAUUACAACAGCAAUCGUCGCUUGUUCCAUACAUUUCACAGAAUUUGAUUGAACGAUAUUUGGACAAGAUACCUGGUCAACUGAACGACCGUCGUACAAUGUUGGGUGAAUUGAAUUGGAUUUUCACUGCUAUUACUGACACCAUUGCCUGGAAUACAUUGCCUCGUGACUUAUUUCAAAAACUCUUCCGUCAAGACCUACUUGUGGCGAGUCUUUUUCGAAAUUUUCUGCUCGCCGAAAGAAUAAUGCGUUCGUACGAUUGCACGCCAAUCUCUAGUCCGGCAUUACCGAAUUGCUUUCGGCAUCCAAUGUGGUCAUCUUGGGACUUAGCUGUUGAUUUGGCGCUGCAACAGUUACCAAAUAUUUUGGAAAAUGGAGCACAAUAUCAAAAUUCACCGUUUUUCGAGGACCAGUUAACGGCAUUUCAUGUUUGGUUGGAACAGGGCAAUGAAGAGAGAAGCCCGCCCGAACAAUUGCCGAUCGUGCUGCAAGUUUUAUUGUCUCAGGUGCAUCGAUUACGCGCAUUGGCAUUACUCGGUAGAUUUCUCGAUCUAGGACCGUGGGCUGUGAAUUUAGCGUUGAGUGUUGGCAUUUUCCCGUACGUUUUAAAGUUACUGCAAGCAUCAGCAAAGGAAUUACGGCCACUGCUGGUUUUCAUUUGGGCAAAAAUUUUGGCUGUAGAUAACACUUGCCAAGUUGAUUUGGUGUGCGACCAGGGACAUAAAUAUUUUCUGUCGGUAUUGCAGGAUCAUUCGAUCCAGCCUGAAUACCGUACACUAUCCGCUUUCGUGCUUGCCUCAAUCGUGCACAAUUUUCCGCUGGGUCAAGCAAAUGCCUUACAAGGAUCUCUAGUUUCAAUGAGUCUUGUACAAAUAGCUGACGGUAAUGCCUUACUACGCCAAUGGUUGGCUAUAUGCUUGGGCCACUUAUGGCAAAAUUACGACAAGGCUCGAUGGUCAGGCGUCCGAGACUUAGCACAUGAAAAAUUGUAUCCACUGCUGGAGUACCCGGAACCGGAAGUACGAACAGCAGCCGUUUAUGCAUUGGGUACGUUUAUUAGCUCGGUGACGGAACAUAAAGAGCGCACGGAACAUGCUAACAAUAUCGAUCGAUCGAUUGCAAUGACACUCAUCAAUGUCACGGGUAAUGACAUGAGUCCCUUAGUACGUAUGGAAUUGGUGGCUGCUUUACAAUGGAUGGUCAUCCUUUUCGAAAAUCAAUUUGUUUCGCUGUAUCAUGAACAGAACGGAUACGCGAAACAACUAAGCCAUCACCAUACUCACAGCCUUGAACGUAACAUAAACAUGAAACGUGUAUCCAGUACGAAUUCCAUCAGUGGAAACAAUAUCGUCGGCUUCAUUUCGCCAUACAAAACGCUUUGGCAGGGCAUAACAAGCUUACGACGAGAUCCGCAUCCGGAUGUUGCCGAAAUGGCUGAUAAACUGUACGAAUUUGUAUCGAUUCGGUCGGUAGAUGCAGCAAAAGAGGCUUCGAAAGAAAAUUUCGGAUCCAGUUUGAGUCUGCCGCCCAGUCCGAACACUCGAACGGUCUAUCUAAAUUGCAGCAAUGUACCGCCGUCACGAAUGGUACGCUCCACAACGCCGACACGAUCAGGCAUUCAACCACCAAGAAAAAAUUCGAAAAUUCACAUCAACGAGGUGACAGAGAGCACGGGCUCUACAGUCAGUGAACAUUCAUCGUCCGACGUCAGCGACGGUAGUGUCAUAACGCGAGCUGUAGAUGAGACUCAAACCAGUGGUGCUCAUCCAAUGAAAUUCAACGAAUCGCCAGAACAACCACAAAAGCCGAUCGUGCACACGAAUUUCAUUCCGUGGGCUGUUAGCUUGUUCUCAUCGCCUUCGAACCUGUUCAAAAGCACAUUUGAUCGGCAUGCACCCACAUAUCUGGAUAAAAUGAGACGCUUCCAACGAAAUGAAAAAAUUCGCAGCCUAGCAAAGGACGAACAAAGACAUGCGAUUUUCAAGACUUUCGAACUGACAACAGCAAGCAUUCGAACUCGCGCGCCUAUGUCACCUACAAUAGUACGUUUUCAUCCAUACAAUAGUGAAAUAUGUGUCGUUGACGGAGCUACCAUAUGGACGACCAAUUGGAAGUUCCACUGCUACAAAAUUGAUGUGCCCAUUCAGACUGUACCGAUAAAAGUGAGCGGUACGAACAGCGCAUUGGUUAAUACGAUAGAAUUCAUCAAUCCGCAGUUUCGUAGUCUGUUAUUGGCCGGUUAUGAGGACGGAUGCGUUAGAUUGUGGCAACAUACGUCACAAUUCGAAACCGAUUAUCCUGCUCAGCCGAGAUUAGUUACCGCUUUCCAAGCCUUAUUCGAUGUGACGUCAAGCAAAAAAGAACAUGCCCGAUGGACAUCUACGUGCUGGCAGCAACGAUCCCAAACGAUUGUCGUCGGCGGAGACUCGAAAUCGAUACGAUUGUGGGACGCAGAGAGUGAAAUGAAAAAGUGCGACAUCCCAACGGGACUGAAUUCGUGCGUGUCAGAGUUGACAACAGCACCGAACGAACUGAUUGCGGCCAGUUUCGAUAAUGGGAUUGUGUUGCUGUUCGACAAACGAUGUCCUCCUGCUGAAGCCCGAAUCAAGGCGUACAACGAACCGUCACCGAUAUUGGCCACUUGCUUAAGGGAUGAUUGUGAAUCGUUGAUUGUUGGAUAUGGCAACAAAAACGUUCGACUAUUCGAUAUUAGACAAAGUACUCCUUUGGCUAGUUGGGCCGUUGACGGCGACGUUACAUCGAUGGCAAUUCAUUCUUCAGCUGAUUUUCUGGCCUGUUAUACCAACGACAUUUGCAUUUAUGGCCUGGAUGGACAUUUACUGAAUUCAUUACGACCAUCCGGCAGCCGAUCACAACAUUUGUCAUUCCAUCCGUUGCGCGCAAUGUUAGCAGCAAGUUUCCGGGACCACGUAUUAAUAUAUCAGUCGAAUGACAAAUGUCAAAAUAACGGGGCAUCGUUGUCAACUUACUCGUCGCGUAUAUUCUUCUGAACGUCACAAAACAUCGUUUAUUGUAUUUUCUACCGGAACCCUAACCUAUAUCAGAAACCUCUGCUAUGGAUUGAAUUUAUUGGCUACUUGUCUGCAAUUUGCCUAACCUAUAUAUCUAUAUAAUGCACUUGACCCAGCCAUUUGUCUAUUUAGAUGAGCUUCAUCAGUUGACAAUUGUUGCUUUAGAGCAAUAAAAAUCCGUCGUAAAUCAUCUGGUGUCUUACCAGUAUACAAUUAUUUACACACAAAAAUCUUUUCUUUUUUUUCAAUUUUCAUCCAAUAUCUUCAAAGGAAUAUCCGAACGUUUACCGUUUGUCAGAUGUCGAAUACAACUUAUUCGUUUAGUUGAGCAAAAUGCAUGCAAUGUGACUAAUGUAACUUGCACAAAUUGAGAACGGAGGACUUGUUGGCUCGUUUGAUCUUCGGUAAAUUUGAGUUCAUUUUUCUAGCUUCAAACUUCUUUCAACAGGCAGGGAAGCGUCAAAGGGCAAACUAUUAUUUAGACCUUGCAAGAGAUUCCGGUCGUUCAACUAUUAUUCUGAUUUUCCUUGGAGUCAGGCCGCAGUUCUUAGAGACUUACCAGUUUUAUUGUGACGAAGGUCUUCUGAGGAUUAACCGAAUUUAUCAUUGUGACGAUAACCUUUCGUUAAGCGUUAAACUUUCAUAGACGGCAAGCGAAUCGCCAUACAAUCAUUAAGUACUGUCUUUCAUAACUUAUAAUAUUCGUAUCGAAUAACGCAUACAUUAAGCAGAACAGUGAAAAAAGCUUCUAUGCAGGGAUGAUGAUGAUGAUCGUCUGUUUUUCUUUCUCUCUAUUUUUCUAAAACUGUAAUGUGGACUAUAACAUUGUUUUCUCAAGAAUGGCUGGUCAAAGCAUUGAACAUUUUUGAUAUACAAAAAAAUGUAAAUAAAUACAGCAACCGCAUGAAACUCUAUCAGACGAUAGCAGAUUCUAGUAAAAAUAUAUCUAACAAAAUCCAACAUUUCCGAUAACGAAAGAUAACACACAGAGCAUCGCUCAAUCUCGGUUUGUUCUUCAUUUACUUUAGCAUUACCCAUUAACACACAACACCAAAAGAAAUCAGCAAUGCAAAGUGAAGCAAUAAGUCAGAAACAAUAAGACAAUUCAAUACAGUUUUCGUUUUUCUUUGUAAAUUAAUUGUGCAUAAAAUUUUGUUAUGGGAAAAAGUACGCGCGCCUAGGAAGCCAUUUACUUUUUUUUUUGUAAAAAGAAUAAAUAUUUUUUAAAUAAAUGAAAUCCUUUAGAGUAAUGACAAGCAAGGCGGUGUUUGAACAUUUUGUAAGAAUUACUCUGAUAACAGCUUAUUAUCAAUAAAGAAAAA